GUCGAACAGAUGCUUUAAAUUACUAUAACUAAAAUUACGAAUUUAAUUGAUGUUAUAAUUUUAGGCUAUAUAAAACGACGUAACUUAUACUACUACACUGCGUUUAUUUAUUUGUAGGGCCAGCAGGGGGUCUAGCCAAGAUGACAAUCAUUUAUAGAAAACGAAACGCUAUCAUUUAUAUACAUACAAUUUAACGCUUCUAUCUUAGUGUUCAGUUUGGUUUUUUGCAAAAUAUUGUCAUCUUGCCUAGACUCCCAGAUCAGGAAUGUUAAUAGCUCAGUUGAGUAACUUCACAAAGACGAACUUUUCAUAAAAGCAAGUUAGGUUAAGUUAGAACUGGGACCCCCACAAAGACGAACUAUUGCCAGAAAUGCAGGUUAGGUUAGGUUAGGUUAGCAUACUAGAACUGCGACCAUGACACAGACGAACUAUUGUCAUAAAAGCAGGUUACGUUCGGUUAGAACUGCGACUCCCACGAAGUCGGGCUGUUGCCAGAAGCAGGUUAGGUUAGGUUAGAACUGCGACUCCUACAAAGACGAACUGUUGCCAGAAAUGCAGGUUAGGUUAGGUUAGAACUGCGGCUGCCACAAAGACGUACUGUUGCCAGAAAUGCAGGUUAGGUUAGAACUGCGACCCCCACAGAGAUGGACUGUUAUUAGAAAAGCUAGUUAGGUUAGGUUAGGCUUGAUAUAAUGCAUUAAAUGAACUAUUGUCAAGACGUUAAUAUGGGGUAAGUUUGCGCAUUAGUAGUAUAAGGUUUAAGAUAUUUGUAUUUAGGUUAUACGGAGUAUGCGCAUGGAACGAUUCAACAUAAGAAUCUUAUGACAUUUAACCUGUAGGAUGGAAAUUUCUUAGACAAGUAUAUGCAUUUACAUAUACAGUUUAUAUAAUCGAUAUACAGUUUAGCCAUUUGGCACCCGCAUACAAGAGGUAAAAACAAAAUGCUUGACUCGCAGUUUAAAAAAAAUCCCUUAUGAGCACAGUGCUGAGUAAUUUUUUCUGUAUGGGUUUUUUUUUUCAGAAACCUAUCAAGUAUCGUAUGAAAGGGCCUGCAUACGAGUCAUACGACCUACACCAUUUGACUAAUAUGAGGAAUGAAAUGUCAUUAGACUCAUUAGAUUCGUCUUCAUCAUAUCAGACCUUUAUCGCCCACUGCUGAGUAUAGGCCUAGAUUCAUCUUGUAAUAGUGGAAGCGACCAAUGUAAGAUUCAAUCCGUAAUUUAAAUAAUGUCUUUACCCAUUUCGGAAUAAUGGUGUUUCGGAUAAUUCGGAGGCGUACGCGGAGCCGAGGCCAAUAUGUAGAGACCCUUUUGUAACUUUAAUGAAAUGUAAGUCGUCAAAUUGACAACCCUAGCACGUAUGAAACGCAUACAAAAAAAAAAUUUUUUGCCCAUUGUGUAAGUACACAUAUAGGAAAAAGCAUCAGGCACCUACCUAGAUUCCCUCCAAAAAAAUCAUCAUCAACCAUCAAAGCUUCUCACAACCCUGUGUUAUCUAUACAGUGCCGAAUCAGUCGUUAUCUAUUAGAACAGUCCGCGUAGCCAACAUUACAAUCGUUAACGCUCCGUAGCGUAACGUAAUCAUCUCUCUCUAUCACUCUUCCACAUUAGUGCGACUGUGACAGUUGCGUUUCGUUCGCCACGGAGCGUGAACGAUAGGCACGUUGGCUACGCGGGCUGUUUGCAUUAUUUAUAACAUGGCUGUGUUUGAGCGGCAAUGAUUACGCAACGCAAUACUUACGAGUAAAUACUAAAGCAAUAAUUGUUAUUGACUCAGUUGCGCGGCACCAUUGGUGAGCCAGAGACCAAAAAUGUAUAUUUUUUUGCUGUUGUUCUUUGGUGCUAUAUUAGCUUUUUGGAAAUAUAAUACAAGAAAUAAGGAUUAUUGGAAGAAACGUGGAGUGAACACGCAAAUAGAGGGAACAACCUUUAAGUUUUUAAUAGGUAAUUGUUCUCUGUCAGAGCACUACAAAAAGAUUUACGAUGAACAUCCUAAUGAAGAAAACGUGGGAAUUUUUCAAGGAUCAAGACCAGCCAUAAUUCUCAGAAACUUGGAAAAUAUGCAGUUUGUUUUGGCGGGAGACUUUCUAAACUUUUACUCUCGCGGUUUGACGACGAACCCCGAGGACACCCUGGCCGACAACGUGCUGUUCAUGGAGGAAUACCCGCGAUGGAAGCUGGUGCGGCAGAAGCUGUCGCCCGUCUUCACCAGUUUACGACUGAGGAACAUGUUCUACAUAGUGGAAAGAUGUGCCAGCGACUUUGCUAAACUAUUAGAAGAAAAUGAAAAGUUCAGAGAAAAGCCUUUUAAUGCUUGUUACACGUACACGACAUCCGCCCUCGGGGCUUCAGUGUUCGGCAUCGACACGACGGUGAACACUAUGCACUCUCCUUUCUUGGAUAUGGCUUGGAAAUCACUAGAGCCGACCUUCAGAGCUAACUUUAGAUUUUUUUUGUCGAACACGUUUCCGUUUUUAUUCAGGCUCUUUAAAUUAAAGGCGUUUGCGGAGCACGAAGAUUUCUUCAUAAAUGUCGUUAGAAAAAUGUUGGCAAACCGGCGGGUUGACACGAAAAAGCAUUAUGAUUUCAUAGAUAUUUGUUUGGAAUUGCAAAAUGCGGGAACGAUGAACGACCCGACCACCGGGUACAGCCUGGAGCCGACUGACGAGAUCCUAGCGGCGCAGGCGUUCUUUUUUUUCAUAGCUGGAGCCGACACAUCCGCUAACACGAUGCAUUUUACAUUACUAGAGCUAUCGAACAAUCCCAAAAUAUUAAAGAAAGUGCACGAAGAAGUGGAUAAAGUUUUCGACGAAUGCGGUGAAACUUUAACUCACGGAGACUUAGAAAAUUUGGGAUACUUAGAUAUGGUCCUGAGCGAGGCCAUGAGGAAGUAUCCACCCGUGGGCCUGAUGCAGAGAAGGUGCACCAACGACACGGUGCUGCCGGUGGGCAACGUGCCCGUCGAGAAAGACAGUAUAAUGAUUGUGCCCAUCUAUGCUAUACACAGAGACCCCAAAUAUUGGCCUAACCCUGAGGUAUUCGAUCCCGAGAGGUUUUCGCCCGAGAACGCACCGAAGAUCAAGAAGUAUUCCUAUAUGCCUUUUGGAGAGGGUGGCCGAAUUUGUUUAGGUGUCAGAUUUGCCCGGCAGCAGGUGAAGGCGGGCCUCGCGUGGCUGCUACGUAGGUUCACACUAGCGGAGCAGGUGUACGCGCCCAAACACUUCGAGCCCAGCUUCUUCGCCUUGCGCGAUCCCUACGCGACUUACGAACUCAUCCCAAGAUAUCAUGCUCAAAAGUCGUGAACAAAAUGUAUGCCUGAUCGAUAUUUAUGAGGUUUUUCCGAAAUAAGUAAUUAGUCUCAGGAGUACUAAACCGAGAGAUAUUGUGUUUCCAAAAAGGUAUAAUUUUCACUGUAAGCGUUAAGUAAGGUUGUAAGUGUUGUAGCGUUUAACAAUUUUAAAUAGUAUUCGGGUGUGGGCUACUUUUUACUGCAGGUUUUUACGGUUUCAAAGAAUCUUGAAAUGUUAAUAUUCGUAAUGCGUUUUAACUAACACUAGCUAUUUAAAAAUGAUAUGCACAGAAUAGGCGUCAAUAUUUGACCCUUGGCUUUUUUUUUUAGUAUUUAUAGCCUGGAGUAUGCAAAUAUACAACUUUUUUUCUCGCCCCUGCGAGAAUGUACAGUAAAUUUAUAAUGACAACUUUAAAUUUACUGAUAAAAAAUAUAUAAAAAUAGAUACAAUAGUAUUAUUUCAGUUACAAGGUAUUGUUAGUGCGGCAUUAAAAUAUGCUUUAUAUUGAUAUACAAUUUAAAAAAUUACAUAAUUUACAAAUAUAGAAAUUAAGUACUUCCUUCUGGGGACAAAAAUACCUGCAGGAAAAGUAGAUUAGCCACUUUAUUCAUUUUUAACUUAAACUUAAGAAAAUGGAUCAGGUUUUGUUGGAUCAAAGUAAACCGUUUUACGUAAUUACAAUUCAAAAAUGAGAUGACGGAUAAAUAACGAUAGCGGUUAUGUAGCAAUAUUAUAAAAGUAAAUAUAGUGCCACUUUAAAAAAAUUAAGAAGUAUGACGAUUUUGGACCCACCAAACACCAUUGCAUAUAAAAUACAGACUAAUACGUAAAACAGAUAUAAAUCCAUUUUAUUACGGAGAUGUACAUAUAUUAAUAUUAGGUGUUAAAUUGAAAUGCAUUGACAUACCUAUGGCUUAAAUUCACCCAAGCGUAAGUCGGACUUAAAAUUGUUAAAAAUUGUGUGAUGUACUUAAGGCAGUGUUGGACGAACGUAAGAAUUAGAAUUGAAAAUAUUAAAAAUUAACCAUUACAAAUUGAACCGUAAACUGUAACCGUCGUCACAGUUUACAGUUCAAUUUGUAAUGGUUAAUGAUCAAUUGCAAAGAACGUUCGGCCAACACUGAUGUACGGAACCCUUGCAAUGCGAGUCUAACUCGCAAUUGGCCGGCCCAUUUUUAUGAGUGCAUAGUACCGGAACCCAAAAAAGGUACGAUUGUACAAAAAAUAUGAUAUCAAUUUAACUUGAAAUUGAAAAACUUUAUACUUAUAUUGAUUUAAACCAACACGAUUUUCAUUCAUAAUGUUAUAUUUUAUAUUAUUAUUAUUAAGUCCCGUAUUAGUUUUAAAAUAAUGAAAAACUUUACGUCAGAAAUAUGUCCAUAAUUAUUUAAAUUCUGUAUAUUUAUUCCAGACAGGUAUGUUAAUUCUGGUAAUUUCUCGUAAGAAGUAUUAUCCUAAUAGGGAUUAACUGCGUCGAUAAUCUCAUCAAUCACUUUACUAUACUAGGUGUCACUUUUUUAUUUAUCGUCACUUUUUUCCCAUUUGAUAUUUUUUUAAACAUGAUCAACACUUGUACUUUUAAACUCUAAGAACACAAGAACACAGAAAAAACAUUAACACCUGCCAAGUGACACUAGAACUUAGUACGCUAUCACUCAAUUUUUUAUGUGUUUAUGUUUUAAUAAAAAUUGUCUUAAUCCGACUCACGCUUGACCUUGUUUUCCUAAUUGUUAUCAUGCAGUAUAUUAUUCUGUAUUAUCAUACUGAGUUUGAGCUUUAUAAUCAUUUUUAGAGAUAAAAUAUAAAUUAGGUACCUACUUAACGUUUCUGUCAUGAUUUCCGAUUGUCAUUGUCACCCUUCGGGUACGGAACCCUAAAUAAAUAAAUACAUAUAAUAGGACAUUAUUACACAAAUUGACUAAGUCCCACAGUAAGCUCAAUAAGGCUUGUGUUGAGAGUACUUAGACAACGAUAUAUAUAAUAUAUAAAUAUUUAUAAAUACUUAAAUAGAUAGAAAACACCCAUGACUCAGGAACAAAUAUCCAUGCUCAUCACACGAAUAAGUGCCCUUACCAGGAUUUGAACCCGGGACCAUUAGCUUCGUAGGCAGGGUCACUACCAACUAGGCUAAUCCGGUCGUCAAAAUUAAAUAUCUGUGAUUCUACGAUUAAGAUUUACUUAUAGGUAGAUAUCUAAUCUAAUUAAUCCGUCAUUCAGUUUCAUCAUCAAUAAUAUUAUAAAAUGAUAAUGUCAAUGAUAAUUUGAUAAAUCAAAAUCUAAAUGUAGGUAAUUUAAUACUUCGCACGUAUCAUUAUAAUUUAUCAUUGCCUACUUGUAGUUUCGUCAACACUAACAAUUAUGUUAGAGGAUAAAGUAUGAUUCUAGAAAUAAGGCCUACACACUCUCAGCACUAUAUUUAGUUUUAUAAAUGUGUCAAAAUACAUAAAUGCAAACGUACAAAUAACUUACAUAGGUUCAAAUUGGAUUAUUUUUAAAGUUGUUGUACCUAAUUGAAAUUUGGCAUGGACCGUAGGUAAUUUGUGUAAUUACAAAUAUAAUAUAUGUUAAAACUAAUGCAACAAGACUAAUUAUUACCAGAUAAAUACGAACGGAUGACACUAAAAAGUGUCUGCAAUGCAAAACUUAGGAAAAUGGGCUCAUAGGAGUUUACAGAGUUUUAGUGUAAUAUUUUAAUACUUAAGUGUUUAAAUUUGUUGCUCUUUGAGAUUCUUGAAACUUAAGCGAGAUAUCAAUCAUCUUCUGCGUUGGCUUUUCUUCCCAAAAGUUUGCCGAUCUCCGAAAAAAACAAUUUUGUUAUUAGAAAUGACUCUUCGAGUCGUUUCGAGGCUCUUAGUUCGAGUUUCAUGGCAAGAGACCUGACGGAACACUGGGCUGACACUCGGCUCUCCUUGACAUAUAAAUCAAAAUUGUUAUUUCCUUUUUUAGGGUUCCGUACCUCUAAAGGAAAAAACGGAACCCUUAUAGGAUCACUUUGUUGUCCGUCCGUCCGUCUGUCUGUCUGUCAAAACCCUUUUUCUCAGGAACGCGUGGAGGUAUCAAGCUGGAAUUUGUAUCAAAUACUCAGGUCUACUGUCCCUUGGAAGCUUCUAAGCCAACGCAAUCAAAAGAUACAGCCGUUUAUGCCGCAAAUUUUCAACAGUCGCAAGGGAAUCAAAACCUACAGGGUACUUCCCGUGAACUCAGAAUCUUGAAAUUUGGUAGGACGUCUUAUAGCACAGAUAAAGGUAAAAUUGCGAAAACCGUAAAUUUUUACUUUACAUCAUAUAAUAAUAUAUACCUACAAGUUUCUACAGAACCCUCGGUGCGCGAGUCCGACUCGCACUUGGCCGGUUUUUUUUGUUUUAUUCAAUUAGGUUUUGCCCAGCAACCUCAACACAAGCCGAAAGCCUCAAGCGCGUCCUAAGUAUGUCACCCUUGAUAGUAGCCACAUUUCACAUAGGUACUUGCGGCGUUUGGAGUUGAAACCCCUUAGCCGUGGGAACCCAGCGCGCGUCGCCUCUAUAAGGAGUGGCCAAUAUUUUGCUUAGCGAAUCCAGAGGAACAAUACGGCCAGCCUUCUGAGCACCGUACCAAGCGAUCAUGACUUAGGGCAACGGGCACGGGCACGAGGAAUUAAAAGGAUACGGGAGCUGAGAUUUAAAUAUUUUAGGUGAAUACAUAUAUCCGUCUCGCUGACGGAAGCGGCUCCUAAAACUAGUGCGAUAUUAUUUCUUAAAGGACAACUCCAGGUUAGGCGAAAAGUCCUGCGUAAAAAUCUCAAAAAACGAUGUUUCGUACACGACUCUUUUCUCCACCAAAACUUAACCAAAUGUAACGAAAUUUUGAGAUUUAAAUGGUAAUGAAAUUAUCUGUAUCGGACUGUUUUGUUUUUUAGGCUAAUUGAUGUCAGUUUUGAAUACCAUACUUGUCUCUAUGGCCUUGUAAAUUAGGCCGUUUUUGUGAAUAUUUGUAGUGCACUAGCGCCUUAAGAAACAAAAAUAUCAAAAAAAGCAAAACAGUCCGACACAGAUAAUAAUAAUUAUAAUCUGUGUUGAAAAAAUCAUUGCUCUAGCUUCAAAAACCACGGAGGAAACAGUCGAGUACGUAUGUAUGGAGAAAUGACCACUCCUGUUGCCUCUUAAUUUGUGAAAUAAUAGUUUUACCUUUUCAUACAACACAACGCAUUCAUGCACAAAAAAUGACAUUUAUAUCUUGCCAAUAUUGGUACAAAUUUGUUUCUGUUUCCUACUAACUUUCAACCCGUUAUGUGUUGAUUUUCUAAGAUGUUAACAGUUUUGAAUGAUUCACGGUUAGUUUCACUAGACUUAAAUUAAAUUUGUAACUGCGUCGAAAUAUCGGGAGCUCAAACACAAUAUAAAAGGUCUAGUUUGUAAAAUUGUAUAAGUAACUUGAACCUAUUGUAUGAAAUCAAUGUUCAAAAUACCAGUAUCAUAUCUUCAGUGGUUAAGACUAAUAAAUGUUAAGACAGCUUAAAUGUAUCCUUUGUGAGGUGAAAGUAUAUAUUUAUAUUUUAAUAUUUAACCCCAAAAAGAAGAAUGAGUGUAGUUUUAUAUUCUACUGUUACCGGCAAAAGUUGUGUGCAAGACUAUAAAUGAGGGGAUUGUCGAGGAUAAUAACAAUGAAAGCAGAGUUGCUGUGAUUAUUUAAUUCAGUCAAAUCAUGUAAACGUUAGACUAUGCACAUCAAUAGAUUCUCGACUAAAUACAAAUUCCUUUACAGUCGACAACGCCUACGGUUACAAAAAUAAUUCUCCACAAUAUGACUAUAACACCGGUUGGAAAACUUAGAGGUUUAUUUUACUAUGUUACCAUUAUAAUAAUUCCGUACACGGCGGAGAUUUUGAACCUUGUCUAAUUCUAUUUUAAGUUCAAAUUUCUUCAGUUUUAUAGAUAUCUCGAUUUAUCAACUUCUGUCCGCCGUGUACCAAAUUAUGCUUGAUUGUAUCCUCGGCUAUAAUGGAUCAAUUAUAUUACUAACUUUAUCAAAAAAAUUAAUGCAUUUUUUGACUAUAUCAUUGAUAUUGAAAUAGAAAAUGACGCUCAAAUUUAAUAUAUAAACAGCGCGUCACGCGUCAAACUAAUUAUAUUCGCCCCAUAACUGUUUUAUGUCAAUGUAGACGUAAAACUUCCAUUUAGAUAUCACAAUUAUUAUAAAUGAAUGCCAAUUAUAGUUUAAAGCGUAUAUGAUACAACAUAUUCUUGUUUAUAAAUAGGUAUAUUAGGUACGAAACAUGGAGAAAUUAUAAAUGAAUUCAUUGAUAAAGUGGCCAUGCACUUUUACGGCUGCAAUUAUUAUUUGUGGUCCCGAAGCAAUGUACCAUACAUUGCUUCGGGACCACAAAUAAUUAAAAUAUUUACAUAUAAAUUAAUCAGAUUCAAUCAAAAUUAUUAAUUAAAUUAAACCUACAAAAUUAUUAAUUAAAUUAAAAUUAUCAACUAUAUCAAAAGCUGAACUGGUAAAGUGUCAUCUUUUUUCCUACCAACAUUAUGUUAAAAGUUUGCAACUAAUAAAAACGGUAUAAAUAGUAUAGUAUAAAUGGUUGACUGGUAGAGAAUACCUUAAGGCAUUAAGUCCACCCUUUGUACAAUUUUAUAUCGUGCAAUAAAGUUUAAAUAAAUAAAUAUAGAGUACUUUAAUAAAUAAUGAUGAUUAUGUCGAUUAUUUUGUUCCUUCGUAUAAUUAAUUCAAAUUACAAUUAACAAGACAAAUUUCAUCUAAACGUCAAUUUAUCUUUGUUUACCUAUUUUAGUUUUUGCACUUGUAGGUACCGGUAAAAAUGGUUUUUUUUUCAUUACCUUUAAGGCAGUUUACUGAAACACUAAUUUAUUAAAGUACAUUUAUACAA